AUGGCUCAUGAGAGAAAUGGGAGUAAUACAUCAUGGGUGGCAGAACGCACUGCAAAGACAGAUGCUGCAGCUGAUGGCUCUGGCGAGCGCUCAUUCAUGUCUCAUACCCACUCAUCAUCUGUUAUGCAAAAGAUUCUGAAGUCAAAGGCUUCAACUAGCACUCUUCGACAUCUGGACGUUUGGACAGCUGAACUAGACAAAGAUGAUCUGAUUGCUGAAGAGGAGAUGAAGAGGCUAGGACUGCGACGUAAGGAGACUGAGCUGGCGGCUAAGACUUUGGAUGCCCUGAAGAAGAGAGCUAGUCCAAAGGAGCGGGUCAGCCCGCAAGAUGCCAUCAGGAUAGCUAUGUUGAAUAUAUAUGAGCGAGGUGAGAUUGUCGAUUACAGCGACAUCUAUUUUUGCGGUACGCAGAAUGCCGCGAAGGUCGUUGGAGAUCUCAACUCUGACGUUCCCAACUUUGGCUAUGAUGAUGAGCGAGGAGAUUACACCAUCAUCCCAGGAGAUCACCUUGCUUAUCGAUAUGAGAUCAUUGAUGUACUAGGAAAGGGAAGUUUCGGUCAAGUUGUUCGAUGCAUUGAUCACAAGACUGGUGUUCUGGUGGCUGUCAAGAUCAUCCGAAACAAGAAGAGGUUCCAUCAGCAAGCUCUUGUCGAAGUCAACAUCCUACAAAAGCUUCGCGAAUGGGAUCCCAAAAACAAGCACAGCAUGGUCAACUUCACGCACAGUUUCUACUUCCGUGGACAUCUUUGCAUCUCAACCGAACUAUUGGAUAUGAAUCUUUACGAAUUCAUCAAGUCCAACGCAUUCCGUGGCUUCUCGCUAAAGCUCAUUCGCCGUAUGACAAAGCAAAUGCUUAGCUCCUUGAACCUUCUCAAGCAGCAUAAGGUUAUUCACUGCGACUUGAAGCCGGAAAAUAUUCUCCUAAGACACCCACUUCACUCCGAGAUUAAAGUCAUCGAUUUUGGUUCCAGCUGUUUUGAAAACGAGAAGGUAUAUACUUAUAUCCAGUCCCGAUUCUACCGCUCCCCUGAGGUCAUUCUCGGCAUGACAUACGGCAUGCCAAUUGAUAUGUGGAGUCUUGGCUGCAUUCUUGCCGAGUUAUAUACGGGGGUUCCCAUCUUCCCCGGCGAAAACGAGCAGGAGCAGUUGGCCUGCAUCAUGGAGGUGUUUGGGCCGCCAGAGAAGCACCUGAUUGAGAAGAGCACACGGAGGAAGUUGUUCUUCGACUCGAUGGGCAAGCCGCGCCUGACUGUCUCAUCCAAGGGACGACGGCGGCGCCCGUCAUCCAAGACCCUGCAGCAGGUCCUGAAGUGCGACGAUGAUGCCUUCCUCGACUUCCUUGCGCGCUGUCUUCGGUGGGAUCCUGAUCGACGAAUGAAGCCCGAUGAAGCUAUCCGCCAUGAGUUUAUUACCGGCCAGAAGACAUCCGUGCCGGUCCCUCGGGCAUCGAUUCGGGAUGCGUCGCCUAUCAAGCGCCACAACACAAUAUCGACACCUCGACCACUGCCCGAUCCGCCCGGCCUUAAGGGCGGCGCCAGCCUUAGGCCGCGGGAUGCCACCGGCGUCGUCGGCAUUAGCCCGAUCAAGCCAGGGUUUGGUUCCCGGAGAGCGUCCGGCAUGACCGCAACAUCCAGCACCGCCGCGGCGAAGCGCACCAGCACAGGCGCCGGGGGAAUCACUCUGGGGACCAGCAACCUCCCGCGGGCGGCUGGUCGCAGUGUUAGCGCCAAGCAGGACCUAGCAGCUGCGGGAGCGACGGCCGCCAUGAGCCGACGAGCAUAG